GCGUUCGGUUCCGUCUAUCACUCGCUAGCUAGCUCGCUCACGAUGUGGGGCAGCGGUCGCCUCGAGGGCGCCGGGGCUGGAGGGGUCACCGCCGUCACUGUCUCCUUCUCCCACGCUCGCGACUGCUUCCUCCACCUGCCUCGGGCGCUGGCGGCCCAGCUGCAUCUGCAGCAGAAUCAAGCUAUAGAAGUGUCCUGGGGUCACCAGCCUAUAUUCUUGAGCUGGGUGGAAGGCAAGCAUCAGACUAACCAAGGUGAAAAUGUGGCUGAAAUUAAUAGGCAGUUUGGCCAGAAACUUGGAAUUUCAGAUGGGGAACAGGUAUUUCUCAGACCCUGUUCCCAUGUGGUGUCUUGUCAUCAAGUUGAAGUGAAACCCCUCACAGCAGAUGAUUGGGAGAUACUGGAGCUCCAUGCUGCUUCUCUUGAACAGCAUCUUCUUGAUCAGAUUCGAAUAGUCUUUCCAGAUGCAAUUUUCCCUGUUUGGGUGGAUCAACAGACAUAUAUUUAUAUUCAAAUUGUUGUACUAAUGCCAGCUGCCAGUUACGGUAGGCUCGAAAAUGACACUGAACUCUUUGUUCAUUCCAAGCCACGCCAGACCAAAGAACAUGCCACUGAUUUACCCUUUCCUACAGCUGAUAAGACACAAGGAAUAGUGAAUAAAUAUACAAGAGACCAAGAAGACAUGACUGGGGGAUUUCAAACCAAACAGCCUGAUUCAAGCACUACAGGAGCCCCUGAACCAAAUAAACAAGAUUCUGAUCUUCUCUUUGGCAUGUUUACAAUGCCAAACAUAUGGAAUCUAAUGGGGAGCAUUUUUUCUUAUGGAGCUGAGAAAAAAAUUGAUAUACCUUGGGGCUCAAGUGAAAUUAAUGCAUUCAAAAAUAUGCAAUUAACAGUUGUUCCAAAAGACUGUGUUUUCAGAGUUUGUAAUUCUCAGCCUCCCAGCAUACAACGUGUAUCAGCAACAUCUCUGUUUCAGAAAGACCAUGCCAUUCAUAUUUUUCCCUGGAAUCAUCAAUAUUUUGAUUUGGAGCCUACUUUUACUGUGACCUAUGGCAAGUUAACUCAGCUGCUCUCCCCAAAGCAACAACCAAGUGAAACAAAGCAAAAUGCCCUGUCACCUGACAAGGAAAAACAGAUGGCUCGGCAACAAGACAAAAAAGAGAUUCGUUCAGGUAGUAGUCAAGGAGCUGGUAAGGCCUGUGUGGUGCAGAUAGUCUGGAAUGGACUUGAGGAACUGAAGAAUUCCAUACAGUAUAACAACACUGUAGAAGUUCUCCAUACUGGGAAAGUUUGGAUGCCAGAAGACAUGAGAAAAAGACUAAAUAUACAAAUGCAUUCAGCUAUCCGAAUAUCAGCAGUGGAAUCGAUCCCUAAAAUUCCAAAAUCUAUCAAAUUACAACCUAGAGAAAGUUUACACAAAGAUAUAAGUGAAGAAGAUAUAAAAUGUGCUUUCAGCUCAUGGCUACAGAAUUCUAGUACAGUAACUUGUCCCUGGAUACUAUCUGCUGAAGAAUACAUUAAUUUGACAUUUAAAGAUGGGCUGAAGAAGUUUUCUUUGAGUAUAGUUCAUACUUUGGAAAAAGAAAAAAAUAAUUCAGAAAAUGUUUUUAUGUUGAGUACCAGCUUGCUCCAGAAGAUUGAUAUACAAGUUCUUCUGUAUCCUGUGACACAAGGGGAAAACAGUGAGGAAACCACCUCCACUCCUCCAUUUUUAAAACUGAACUCCUUAGGGGGGGUGAGUAAACAAGGAAUAAUUUGUCUGGAGUAUGUCACCCAUAGUCUCUUGGGACGUCCUUUAUCUCGCCAACUGGCCUCCAUUGUUUCAGGACUUCGGAAUGGAGCUAUCCUGAUCUCAGGAGCAAAGGGGAGUGGAAAGUCCACUUUAGCCAAGGCUGUUUGCAAAGAAGCCUCAGACAAGCUGGAUGCUCAUGUGGAAGUGAUGGAUUGUAAAGCCUUGAGAGGGAAAAGACCUGAAAAUGUGCAGAGAGCCCUGGAGUUGGCUUUCUCAGAAGCUGUGUGGAAACAGCCAUCUGUCGUUCUCCUUGAUGACCUGGAUCAUAUAAUUGGCGUAUCUUCCAUGCCCGAGCUGGAACAUGGGCCUAAUGCAGUCCAGAGUCAGCGACUGGCAUAUGCUUUGAAAGACAUGAUCAAAGAGAUAAUAGGCAUGGGAAGUUUGAUUGCUUUGGUUGCCACAAGCCAGACUCAUCAUUCUCUUCAUCCUUUACUUGUUUCUGCACAAGGAGUCCACAUAUUUCAGAACUUCCAGUAUAUAAAUGCUCCAGACCAGGAACAAAGACAGGAAAUUCUGCAUUGUGUAAUAAAAAAUAAACUUAACCGUAAUGUAGAUAAAUUCACUGAUCUCGACCUGCGUUGUAUUGCAAAAGAAACUGAAGGUUUUGUAGCUAGAGAUUUCACAAUGCUUGUGGAUCGAGCUGUCCAUGCCUGUAUCUCCAGCCAGAAUGUGUGCACAGAAGAGGGAUUACAUUUAAAAACACUAGACUUUCAAAAAGCUCUCAAAGGCUUUACUCCAACAUCUCUGCGAAACGUAAACCUGCAUAAGCCUAAAGAUGUAGGCUGGGACAAGAUUGGUGGCUUACAUGAAGUGCGACAGAUUCUUAUGGAUACCAUACAGUUACCAGCAAAGUACCCGGAUUUAUUUUCAAACUUGCCUAUCCGACAAAGGACGGGAAUACUGUUGUAUGGCCCUCCUGGAACAGGAAAAACAUUAAUAGCAGGAGUAAUUGCACGAGAGAGUGGGAUGAACUUUAUCAGUAUCAAGGGCCCGGAACUACUAAGUAAAUAUAUUGGAGCAAGUGAGCAAGCUGUUCGAGAUAUUUUUUUCAGGGCACAGGCUGCCAAACCUUGCAUUCUUUUCUUUGAUGAAUUUGAAUCCAUUGCUCCUCGACGAGGUCAUGAUAAUACCGGUGUCACCGACCGGGUGGUUAACCAGUUAUUAACUCAAUUAGAUGGAGUAGAAGGCUUAGAGGGUGUUUAUGUGUUAGCUGCUACUAGUCGCCCUGAUUUGAUUGACCCUGCCCUGCUGAGGCCCGGCCGGCUAGACAAAUGUGUAUAUUGUCCUCCUCCUGAUGAGGUGUCUCGUCUUGAAAUUUUAAAAGUCCUUAGUGAUUCUCUGCCUCUGACAGAUGAUGUAGAUCUUGAGCAUUUAGCAUCAGUGACUAGUUCGUUUACAGGAGCAGAUCUGAAAGCUCUGCUCUACAAUGCUCAACUUGAAGCCAUCCAUGGGAGGAGGGUAUCAGGCUUGUCACAAGAUAUUGGUUCCAGUUCAGAUAGUGACCUCAGUCUGUCUUCAAUGGUUUUCCUUAAUCACAGCAGUGGCUCUGAUGAUUCAACUGGAGAUGGAGAGUGUGGCUUAGAACAGUCUCUUGUUUCCCUAGAGAUGUCUGAGCUGCUUCCUGAAGAAUCAAAGUUCAAUAUGUAUCGGCUCUACUUUGGAAGCUCUUAUGAAUCAGAGCUUGGAAAUGGAACUUCUUCUGAACUGAGCUCUCAAUGCCUCUCUGGGCCCAGCUCCACAUCUCAUGAUCAUGCUGGAGUUAUUGGGAGAGAUUCAAUGUUUUCACACCCCCCAAUGUUCAGGAUGUCAUCCCAAGAAGGUGAUCAAGGACUUACACCAGAGCAAAGAGACCAAAUGAAGGCUGAAAUCAGUGCCAUCAAGGAGAGAUACAGAGGCCAAAAUGGAGAAGAUGUUAUCCUUGCUCAGCCAGGACCAGUUAAGGCUACAUUAGCCAUUAGCCAGGCUCAUUUAAUUACUGCCCUCAGUAACACAAGACCAUCCAUUAGUCCAGAUGACUGGAAGAAUUUUGCAGAUCUCUAUGACAACUUUCAAAACCCAAAGAAGAGGAAAAGUCAAAGUGGAACAGCUUUCCGACCUGGCCAAAAAGUAACUUUAGCAUAAAAGUAUACUUUUCAUAUUUCAUUUUCUUUUUUAAUCUACAAGUUCCCACUGCACUGAAGUUUUUUAAAUGGUGUCUGUAAAUUUCUCUUUGAUUUAACAAAUUGAGUUAAGAUAAUGGCAUAUUUGUUAAUAUUGAGGUUAUUAGUGGCCAGGCUUACCUGUCAUUUAAUAUUGGAGAAUAAUUUAUUUCUAAAAUUGCAUUCUGUAUUUUAUUUGCUGUAAACAAACAUUAAACACUUACUGAAAUACUAUUGGAUGAAUGAUGUAUCUAACUACUUGUUCCUUUGUCUGAAAAUACAUUAGAAUUUACAGCUAUGUGUAUUUUUUGGAAAUCAUUGCUAGCAGCACCUUUAGUUGUCUCAUGAGAAUUUAUUGUUUUGCUCCCUACCAAUUCCAUGAUUUAAAGGAGUAUUUUGGAAAUAAAUGCCAUCACCAUACAUAGUCACUAACAAUAUGUUCUUUUCAUGAUAACCAGAGUGGCAUUUCCACACAAUUUAUAUCAAUUGGAACCAUGUAAUGGUAGAAUUUAAAUAUUUGCAAAGAUAUUUAAUUAUCUCUAUUCAAUCUUUAAAAGGCAUUUUUUUCUACAUCUGUUAAAAUCUUGGAUCUAGCAUGGCCACAUACUGAUUGAGGAAGAAGGAAACAACAACACAAUAUUUAGGAGCAGGAAAAUCCCCCUAGUAUUUUUCAAAAAGGAGGAAAGUUUAGAUGAUGCCUCCCAGUGCCUCCUCCUUAGUUUUACUGCCAGAAGGGAUAAGCUCUGAGGCCCUCUGGGCUUCUCCCCUUGUCCCAUUUCUACCUCGUUUGUCAGGGAGUCCAGGGCCCCAUCCUCGCUGGGACCAGCCCUCACUGGCAAAGGCCGAGCUAGAGAAACCUUGCAUCUAGUGUGGGCAGUGGGGAGAGGCUCCCUCCUGAGGGCCACAAGACUCCUGGCUUCCUCCUUUGAGUCCAGGGAGAUUCCUGUGCCCAUGGCAACACACAUCCCAGAGCCCUGAAGGCCAAUGCUCAGGGAUCAGCCAUCCCAGGCCCUUUACUGACCCUUGUUCAGCCAAAUUGGAGAACCCAUCUGUCUGUCUGUCUCUCACAGAAGGCUAGGAGGGUGGGGCUGUCUGGCUUUGUUUUCUGCCCAACUUUGAAUUCCCGUUCAAGAAUGUUUAUCAUGACUUGUGCUGUCUGUAAAGAACUGAACAAAUCUAUGAAGUUGAAAAGUAUUAAAAAAGAGUCUGAAAUCA